CCGAAACGUCAGAAGAAAGAAUAGUUCGUUUCCCCUUGUUUUCCGAGGAUUUUCCGAUAAAAUAAAAGUGUUUUUCAUGUAACAACAAUAAAAAUUACAAAAUGUCUGAAAGAGAUUAUGCUCCGCUUAGUAUAGCCUGCGUUCGUGGGCUAUGCGACAAAUUAUAUGAUAAGAGAAAGUUUGCUGGUGUUGAAAUAGAAAAAAUGGUAAAGGAUUUCAGCGACGCAAACAACACUAGUCAGAUCAAGAGGCUGAUCAGAGUAUUGGGCCAAGACCUGAUGUCUUCAACCAACCCCAAUGUCAAGAAUGGUGCGUUGAUGGGCCUCUCCUCAGUUGCUGUUGGAUUAGGAAAGGGCUGCGUGACGUACCUGCCGGAGCUGACGCACCCCAUCGUGGCGUGCCUGAGCGAGAGCGAGUCGCGCGUGCGCUACCAGGCGGCCGAGGCGCUGUUCAACGUGCUCAAGAUCGCGCGCGGCGCCGCGCUCGCGCACUUCCCGCCCGUGUUCGACGCGCUGGCGCGCCUCGCCGCCGACCCCGAGCCGCAGGUCAAGCAGGGCGCCGAGCUGCUGGACCGGCUGCUGAAGGACAUCGUGACGGAGAGCCCGGCGUUCGACCUGGCGGCGUUCGUGCCGAUGCUGCGCGAGCGCAUCUACACGCGCAACGCCUUCGCGCGCCAGUUCAUCGUGUCGUGGGUGGCCGUGCUGGACGCCGUGCCCGACAUCGACCUCAUCGCGCACCUGCCCGAGCUGCUCGACGGGCUCUUCAACAUGCUGGACGACCCCAACCCCGAGAUACGCCGCAUGUGCGACGUGCAGCUGAGCGAGUUCCUGCGCAGCAUCAAGAAGGACCCGUCGCGCGCGCACUUCCAGGCCAUGCUCAACAUCCUCAUCACGCACGCGCAGUCGCCCGAGGAGCUCGUGCAGCUGACGGCGAUCACGUGGCUGAAGGAGUUCAGCGAGCUGGCGGGCGGGGCGCUGCGCGCGCACGCGUCGGGCGUGCUGUGCGCCGUGCUGCCCUGCCUCGCCUACACCGACGAGCCGCGCAAGAGCAUCCGCGAGACGGCCGCCACAGUGAACCUGCAGCUGACCAAGCUGCUCGUGGCGGAGCCCUCGCCGGCCGCGCCCGGGGACCCCGCGCCCGGGGACCCGUCAGCGACAGGGGACCAUCAAGGGGACGCAGACACCGCGCUGCGGCUCGACGCCGUGGUGGGCGUGCUGACGCAGCUGCUGCACCACAACUCCGUGCACACUAAAGUCGCCGCGCUGGACUGGAUCCUGCACCUCUACAAUAAAAUGCCUAACGAGAUGUUCCCGGAGACGGACGCGGUGUUCGUGAGCGUGGUGGGCAGCCUGACGGACGCGGCCGACGACGUGGUGCGGCGCGCGCUGGCCGUGCUGGCCGAGAUCUGCUCCUGCGCGCCGGAGCCCGGUCAGUGGCAGUCUCUGGUGCACCUCAUUACAGCGCUGUCCGCUGUCGUGAGCGUGGUGGGCAGCCUGACGGACGCGGCCGACGACGUGGUGCGGCGCGCGCUGGCCGUGCUGGCCGAGAUCUGCUCCUGCGCGCCGGAGCCCGGUCAGUGGCAGUCUCUGGUGCACCUCAUUACAGCGCUGUCCGCUGUCGUGAGCGUGGUGGGCAGCCUGACGGACGCGGCCGACGACGUGGUGCGGCGCGCGCUGGCCGUGCUGGCCGAGAUCUGCUCCUGCGCGCCGGAGCCCGGUCAGUGGCAGUCUCUGGUGCACCUCAUUACAGCGCUGUCCGCUGUCGUGAGCGUGGUGGGCAGCCUGACGGACGCGGCCGACGACGUGGUGCGGCGCGCGCUGGCCGUGCUGGCCGAGAUCUGCUCCUGCGCGCCGGAGCCCGGUCAGUGGCAGUCUCUGGUGCACCUCAUUACAGCGCUGUCCGCUGUCGUGAGCGUGGUGGGCAGCCUGACGGACGCGGCCGACGACGUGGUGCGGCGCGCGCUGGCCGUGCUGGCCGAGAUCUGCUCCUGCGCGCCGGAGCCCGGUCAGUGGCAGUCUCUGGUGCACCUCAUUACAGCGCUGUCCGCUGUCGUGAGCGUGGUGGGCAGCCUGACGGACGCGGCCGACGACGUGGUGCGGCGCGCGCUGGCCGUGCUGGCCGAGAUCUGCUCCUGCGCGCCGGAGCCCGGUCAGUGGCAGUCUCUGGUGCACCUCAUUACAGCGCUGUCCGCUGUCGUGAGCGUGGUGGGCAGCCUGACGGACGCGGCCGACGACGUGGUGCGGCGCGCGCUGGCCGUGCUGGCCGAGAUCUGCUCCUGCGCGCCGGAGCCCGGUCAGUGGCAGUCUCUGGUGCACCUCAUUACAGCGCUGUCCGCUGUCGUGAGCGUGGUGGGCAGCCUGACGGACGCGGCCGACGACGUGGUGCGGCGCGCGCUGGCCGUGCUGGCCGAGAUCUGCUCCUGCGCGCCGGAGCCCGGUCAGUGGCAGUCUCUGGUGCACCUCAUUACAGCGCUGUCCGCUGUCGUGAGCGUGGUGGGCAGCCUGACGGACGCGGCCGACGACGUGGUGCGGCGCGCGCUGGCCGUGCUGGCCGAGAUCUGCUCCUGCGCGCCGGAGCCCGGGACGCGGCCGACGACGUGGUGCGGCGCGCGCUGGCCGUGCUGGCCGAGAUCUGCUCCUGCGCGCCGGAGCCCGGUCAGUGGCAGUCUCUGGUGCACCUCAUUACAGCGCUGUCGUGAGCGUGGUGGGCAGCCUGACGGACGCGGCCGACGACGUGGUGCGGCGCGCGCUGGCCGUGCUGGCCGAGAUCUGCUCCUGCGCGCCGGAGCCCGGUCAGUGGCAGUCUCUGGUGCACCUCAUUACAGCGCUGUCGUGAGCGUGGUGGGCAGCCUGACGGACGCGGCCGACGACGUGGUGCGGCGCGCGCUGGCCGUGCUGGCCGAGAUCUGCUCCUGCGCGCCGGAGCCCGGUGAUCUGGAAUCGAGUCCAUACUACUACAAGUUCCUACAAGCGUUGCUGCGGUUAUUGGCCGCGGACGACAACUUAUUAGAAGACAGAGGGGCAUUUAUUAUAAGGCAGCUGUGCGUGCUGCUGAACGCGGAGGACAUCUACAAGGCGCUGUCCAAGAUCCUGCGGCGCGAGCCCAACCUGCGCUUCGCGGCCACGCUGGUGGACGUGCUGAGCUCCAUCCUGCUCACCGCCGCCGAGCUCUACGAGCUGCGCCAGCAGCUGCGCGCCAUGGACAAGCCGAGCACGCGCGCGCUGUUCGCGCAGCUGUACCCGUGCUGGUGCCACAGCGCCGUGUCGCUGCUGGCGUUAUGUCUACUCACGCAUAAUUAUGCGCACUGCAACACGCUCAUCUCCACCUUCGGCGACCUCGAGAUCACAGUGGAUUUCCUGACGGAAGUGGACAAAUUAGUGCAACUCAUUGAAUCUCCAAUAUUCGCAUACUUGCGGCUGGAGCUCCUGCGCGGCGCCGAAAGUGCAGAGCUGCGCAGCGCGCUGUACGGGCUGCUGAUGCUGCUGCCGCAGAGCGACGCCUUCCACGCCCUGCGCGCGCGCCUACAGUGCGCGCCGCCGCUGCCGCUGCCGCCGCUGCCCACGCUGCCGCCGCCGCACAGUCACAAAUCCGAUGACGGCGGGCCGGAGCUGGACUUCGGCGCGCUGCUAGCCGAGUUCAAGCGCGUGCAGGCCGCGCACCGCGAGUACAAGGCGCUGGACCGCUCGCGCGCGCGCCUGCUCGACGCGCCGCACUCCUAGCCCGCCCGACCCGGGUCCUGGACCGGAUGCAGCGGGGACUACAGCUGGACUAGUUUGCGGAUGAGUACCAAAUCUAUGGACAGACCAUUUUUAGUACUAUCUUUUUCACUACCUUGAGUGUAUUCUCUGUCUUACAGGGUACAUUGUACAGCUUUUAUACAAAACUUCGUUUAGAUAAUUGUUAUCUAUAUUUAAUGUAUUUUAUUAUUUAAGCAAAAUCUACUCUCAUUAUUACGUAAUUAUUAAAAUGUAUUUUAGUAAUAAUACCGGGAAAUAUAAUUGAAUAUAAUAAUAUUUUCAUUAUUUAUUCAAUAAAAGUAGUAUUAUUAUUAUAAAAAAUAUAGUCAAAGGAAACUUCUUACAAACCACAAUUAUUAUGACAGUACCGACUCGGACGCUACAAAAUGUAUUUUUACGAGGAGUUACACUCCUUGAUCCCUAAGGUUUCUAUUCUACAAGCGCUUGAAUUAAUUUAUCCCAACUAAUAUUAUAAAUGCGAAAGUAACUCUGUCUGUCUGUCUGUCUGUCUGUCUGUCUGUCUGUU